AUGAGCGACAUAGUGGAGAAGACGCUGACGGCGCUGCCGGGACUCUUCUUGCAGAACCAGUCGGUUGGCGGGCCAGCGGGAGUCAAGGCGUCCUUCUCCUCGCGGCUGGGCAACCUCGUCCGCGGCAUCACCGCGCUAACCUCCAAGCACGAGGAAGAGAAACUAAUCCAGCAGGAACUGAGUAAUCUGAAAGCAACUGUUUCUGCUCCUACUACAACACUGAGAAUGAUGAAGGAGUGUAUGGUGAGACUUAUAUAUUGUGAAAUGCUUGGAUAUGAUGCUUCCUUUGGCUACAUACAUGCGAUCAAGUUGGCACAACAAGGAAACCUUUUAGAAAAAAGAGUAGGUUAUUUGGCUGUUUCUUUAUUUCUACAUGAAAGUCAUGAGCUGUUGCUUCUCCUUGUGAAUACAGUUGUAAAGGACUUGCAGAGCACUAACCUGGUAGAAGUAUGCAUGGCACUUACUGUCGUCAGCCAGAUAUUCCCUCGAGAAAUGAUUCCAGCUGUUCUUCCAUUAAUUGAAGAUAAACUUCAACAUUCUAAGGAGAUUAUACGAAGAAAAGCUGUUCUGGCAUUAUAUAAAUUCCAUCUCAUUGCUCCUAAUCAAGUACAGCAUAUCCAUAUUAAGUUCCGGAAAGCACUUUGUGACAGAGAUGUUGGGGUCAUGGCUGCUUCUUUGCACAUAUACUUUAGGAUGAUUAAGGAGAAUUCAUCUGGAUAUAAAGACUUGACGGGGAGUUUUGUAACAAUUUUGAAGCAAGUAGUUGGAGGAAAGCUCCCAGUAGAUUUCAAUUACCAUAGUGUACCAGCACCAUGGUUACAAAUCCAGCUCUUGAGAAUACUAGGACUUCUAGGAAAAGACGAUCAAAGGACAAGUGAAUUAAUGUAUGAUGUUCUUGAUGAAUCCUUACGAAGAGCCGAGUUAAAUCACAAUGUCACAUAUGCUAUUCUGUUUGAAUGUGUACAUACAGUUUAUUCUAUUUAUCCUAAAUCAGAAUUACUUGAGAAGGCUGCCAAGUGCAUUGGAAGAUUUGUUCUGUCACCUAAAAUAAAUCUCAAGUAUUUAGGGCUGAAGGCUCUUACCUAUGUUAUCCAGCAGGAUCCCACUCUGGCUCUUCAGCACCAGAUGACAAUAAUUGAAUGCUUAGACCAUCCUGAUCCCAUUAUUAAAAGAGAGACUCUGGAACUUCUUUACAGAAUUACUAAUGCACAGAAUAUAACAGUGAUUGUCCAGAAAAUGCUUGAAUAUUUACAACAGAGCAAAGAAGAGUAUAUUAUCGUCAAUUUGGUUGGCAAAAUAGCUGAACUCGCUGAGAAAUAUGCCCCAGAUAAUGCAUGGUUUAUUCAGACAAUGAAUGCUGUGUUUUCAGUGGGAGGAGAUGUUAUGCAUCCUGAUAUUCCCAAUAACUUUCUGAGACUGCUAGCAGAAGGUUUUGAUGAUGAAACAGAAAAUCAACAAUUAAGGCUUUAUGCAGUUCAGUCUUAUCUCACUUUACUAGAUGCGGAAAAUGUGUUCUAUCCACAGAAAUUUCUUCAAGUUAUGAGUUGGGUGUUAGGGGAGUAUUCCUAUCUCUUAGAUGAGGAAACGCCAGAGGAAGUUAUAACCAAACUCUACAAGUUACUUAUGAAUGACUCGGUUUCUUCAGAAACAAAAGCCUGGUUACUUGCUGCUGUUACCAAGUUGACACCCCAAGCACACUCUUCUAACAUAGUUGAGAGAUUAAUCCAGGAAUUCACCGUAUCUUUGGAUACUUGUAUGAGACAGCAUGCGUUUGAAUUAAAACACUUACGUGAGAAUGUGGAACUUAUGAAGAGCUUGCUUCCAGUUGAUAAGAGCUGUGAAGACAUGGUGGUAGAUGCUUCCUUAUCUUUUCUGGAUGGUUUUGUGGCUGAAGAACUCAGUCAGGGGGCAGCACCUUACAAACCUCACCACCAACGUCAGGAGGAGAAGCUUUCUCAGGAAAAAGUUCUCAAUUUUGAACCAUAUGGACUUUCAUUUUCUUCAUCUGGCUUCACUGGACGACAGUCUCCUGCUGGCAUUUCUCUUGGUUCAGAUAUAUCUGGGAAUAGUGCAGAGACUGGGCUGAAAGAGACAAAUAGCUUGAAGCUGGAAGGUAUAAAGAAAUUAUGGGGGAAAGAGGGCUAUCUUCCCAAGAAAGAAGGCAAAACUGGGGAUGAAACUGAAGUUCCGCCUGUUCCUCAAGAGAGUAUAAUAAUGGAGAAUGUAGACCAAACUAUAAUUAAAAAGGAUCAGUCUCAAGUCCUUACCCAAUCUAAAGAGGAGAAAGAAAAGCAGCUGCUGGCGUCAUCAUUAUUUGUUGGGCUAGGAACAGAAAGUACAAUCAAUUUGCUAGGAAAAGCAGAUACUGUAUCUCACAAGUUCAGAAGGAAAUCAAAAGUCAAGGAAACCAAAAGUGGAGAAACAACCAGUGCUCAGAAUAUGCCCUGUUCUUACUUUAGUUCUUCGUCAGAUGUGACUUAUGAAGAUGAUUAUUAUUUGGAUACUUUGCAGGAUAGAGGAGACAAAGAAUUAAAUAAGUUUUCUCUCAACUCAGAACUUUUGGAUUCUGAGUCACUCACAGAACUGCCCUCCAUUGAGAAACUCUCCAGUUGCACACUGUCUACACCUUCUUUGUUCACUGAUGAUAUGGAAGGUCUUCGCUCUCCUUCGUCCACUGCAGCCUCAGUUGCUAAUGAAAUAUCUUUAGCUUCUUCUCUGUUGGAAGAAACUUCUGAACACAUGCAUUCAGAUCUUGUGGAGGUCUGUAAUAAUGAAACCAUAUCAGUGUCUUCUUACAAAAUUUGGAAAGAUGACUGUUUACUGGUGGUCUGGUCAGUUUCUAAUAAGAGUGGUUUGGAAUUGAAAAGUGCUGACUUAGAAAUUUCUUCUGCAGAAAAUUUCAAGAUCACUGAGCAACCUGGAUGCUGCUUGCCUGUAAUAGAAACAGAAAGCAUCAAAACCUUUCAAUAUAGUGUACAGAUGGAGAAACCUUUUACAGAAGGGAAUCUUUUUGGUUUUAUAAAUUAUCAGAUGAUGGAUACUCAUUCUGUUCAGCUUGAAUUUUCUGUAAACUUAUCACUAUUAGAUUUCAUUAGACCAUUGAAAAUCUCAACUGAAAACUUUGGCAAACUCUGGUUAUCCUUCGCAAAUGAUGUGAAGCAAAAUGUAAAAAUGUCAGAAUCUCAAGCUGCUCUGCCUUCUGCCCUGAAGACCCUGCAACAGAAACUAAGACUUCAUGUUGUUGAAAUUAUAGGCAGUGAAGGGCUUUUGGCCUGUCAGCUGCUCCCAUCCAUCCCCUGCUUGCUGCAUUUUCGAGUUCAUGGUGACGUAUUAGCCCUGUGGUUCAGAUCCUCCUGCUCUACUCUUCCUGACUAUUUACUGUAUCAGUGUCAAAAGGUAGUGGAGGGAUCCUAG